AUGGCAACUGCGCCUGUGUUGAAGACCGUCCUCGGCCCAGGAGGAGGGCUCUACACCCAGGCCGAAGAGCCAACUUCACUCAUGGUGAAUACAGGUGUGGCCAUGGCCGGAGGUGCCGCUGCCGGCGGCGGCCUCGCCUUUCUCCUCUGUGCCUCCAAGUGCCCGGGAGGUGCUACCGGUGCACUCUCUGGCAUGAUCGGAGCGAUGAAUCCCUUCAGUAUGCUGAUGAAGAAGGAUGAGAAAGACGCGGAGGAGGAGGAAGAGGAGGAAGAUAGCAUGAAGAAAAUGGAGAAGCAGGUUGACACCAUUGAGAAGGAGAUUUGCAAUAUGAACUGCAAGAUGGCGGGUCUGCUUGGAGGUGCCGCCGGUGCUGCUGCCGGCAACGUGGUGGCCAAGCAAGUGAACAAGAACGAAGCAGAGGGCGGCGGCGGCCUGCUGGGAGGAGGUGGAGGUGGAGGCUUCAAGCUCCAGAUGCUGGAUGAGUGGAACGCCCCACAGUUCUUCGUCGUGACGAAGCAGAUUGACAACCUGCAGAGAGAUCUUCGGAGUCUGGCGCCUCGGAUCUGCGAGGCAGACGCCCCGCAGAGCCAGCGUGCAGAGAGAAGAUCGCAAGCGAAGUUUGACUUCUUCUAA